UUGUAAUUAUUAUAAUUCUCGAUGUUGCGUGAAGUGUUGUGCGAAACGAGAAAUGGAAUUUGCCAUGGGAUGGAACCGUUUUAAUUUGACGUUACUUGGUGUGUGGCCAGAACCGAGGAAAAUAUCCAGAGGAUCACGACUAAUUUCGAGUGUAAUAUUCUGGUUUACGACUUCCGUAACAUUCACUUUUAUUUGUGCCCCUCAAACGGCCAAUCUGGUAUUAAAAUCAACCAGUCUAGAUGACGUAAUUGAGAAUUUAUCCAUCAAUAUACCGAUCGUCUUUGCGCUAAUUAAGCAGAUAGUUCUAUGGUACUAUAAAAAAGCCCUAACACUGUUAAUUAGCCAAAUACUGGACGACUGGGCCGAGCCAAUUGCAAAUCACGAUCGGCAAACGAUGAUGAAAAACGCAAAGAUCAGCCGAAUGAUAUCCAUUGUUUGUUCCACUCUUACCUAUUUCAUGCUACUCGCUUUUAUGUCGCUACAAAUUUGGAGCAACAUGCAAAACGCGUCAGAAGCCGAUCUAGGAGGGCUUCUUCAUCCAGCCACGUUCCCUUACGACACGAACAAGAGUCCAAAUUUCGAGAUCACGUGGCUGGGACAAUUUAUGGGCACAGUGCUAACCGCAAUAUGCUACUCUUGCUUCGACACGUUCCUUGCGGUUCUCGUGUUACACUUGUGCGGUCAAUUAACUGUUCUUCGGGUGGCUCUCGAGGAUCUAGCUAACUCGACGAAGUGCAAUAAUUACACAAGAUUCCACGAGCGACUGGGAAUCAUUGUGAACAGGCACAAUCAGUUGUUCAGAUUCGCUGUGAUCGUGGAAGAUUGCUUCAACCUCACUUUACUUGUUCAGACUAUAAUCUGUACGGCGAUGUUCUGCCUCACUGGAUAUCGCAUGAUAACCUCCGUAGAUCAGGAGCAAGCAGACGUACCAAUUGUUGGAAUGAUAUUCUUUAUCAUACACGUAAUCUACACUAUGCUGCAUCUUUUCAUUUAUUGCUACGUGGGAGAAAUGCUUCUUGGACAAAGCACUGGCAUCAGUGAAUCAGCAUACGAUUGCAAUUGGUACGACCUACCAUCGAAAAACGCAGUUUCAUUAAUUAUAGUGAUAUGUCGUGCAAGAGUAUCGUUUCAAAUAACAGCUGGGAAAUUCAGCCCCUUUUCCCUCGAACUUUUCAACGCUAUCUUAAAAACGUCUGCUGGAUAUCUUUCCGUGCUGUUAGCUAUGAAAGAUAGAUUGGUCGAUGAAUAGUAAUGUAAUUAUAUGGUUGUAAUAUGUCUGUUCCUGUUCAUGGUAAUAAAAGAUACGACACG